AUUCACUUUUAAUUUAUUCCACCAUGGAAGAAAGGCAUGGGUUUUGGAGCCAUUCAUAUAUGGUUUCAAAAUCUGACUCUGGCAUUUAUCCUUCUAAGAACUUGAGAAGUUUAUUUAGUCUCUCUAAGUUUUGGUGUAUCAAAAAUGAAGAUGAUAUUAACAAUACCUACAUCAUGAGUGUUACUUGAAUGGAGAUGUGUAAAGUGAAUUUUAAAUUCAUUUGGUCCUUUAACAUUUUCCCUUCACUUCUUUUCAGAGUUUUUUCUUGGAGGGCUCAAGGACUGAAGCAUCCCACAAAAUGAUUCUACUGGAUAAUUCCGAGCAGCUGCUGGCCCUAUUCGAAUCUUUAGCAAGGAGCAUUCCUGAGUCCCUGAAGGUGUACGGCUCUGUGUAUCACAUCAAUCACGGGAACCCCUUCAACAUGGAGGUGCUGGUGGACUCCUGGCCUGAGUAUCAGAUGGUUAUUAUCCGGCCUCAAAAACAGGAGAUGACUGAUGACAUGGAUUCAUACACAAAUGUAUAUCGUAUAUUCUCCAAAGACCCUCAAAAAUCACAAGAAGUUUUGAAAAAUUGUGAGAUCAUCAACUGGAAACAGAGACUCCGAAUCCAAGGUCUUCAAGAAAGUUUAGGUGAGGGGAUAACAGCAGCUGCAUUUUCAAAGUCAGUGAUGGUAGAGCAUUCGACAGCAGUCCUCUUGGUUACGGAAGAUAUUCUGAAGCUCAAUGCCUCCAAUAAAAGCAAGUUUGGAAGCUGGGCUGAGACAGGCCACCCAGAUGAUGACUUUGAAAGGGAAACUCCCAACUUUAAGUAUGGCCAACUGGAUGUAUCUUAUUCUGGGCUGGUAAAUGACAACUGGAAGCUAGGGAAGAAUGAGAGGAGCCUGCGCUACAUCAAGCGCUGCAUAGGAGCCCUGCCAGCAGCCUGUAUGCUGGGACCAGAGGGGGCCCCAGUCGCAUGGAUAACCAUGGACCCUUCUUGUGAAGUAGGAAUGGCCUACAGUGUGGAAAAAUACCGAAAGACAGGCAAAAUGGCACAGGUGAUGGUGCGAUACAAGAAGUAUCUGCUUCAGAAGAAUAUUCCAUUUUACAUCUCUGUGCUGGAAGAAAAUGAACGCUCCCGCAGCUCUGUGAAGGCGGCAGGUUUCUUUGAGGCCUCCUGUGAGUGGCACCAAUGGACCUGCUACCCACAGAAUCUAGUUCCAUUUUAGACAAUGAAGCUGCUUAGCAAUUUGGGCAAGCCAUCUCUUAAUAUUAAAGCAGACACCACAGAAUAGCUUUCUUCACUUACAAAUGUCGAUUGGGCAUUUGUGAUACGGCAGGAACUCUUUCUCACGUGGAGACUUGAUGUUAAAAGACACAGCCAUGCUCUUGAGGAGCUUACAAUCCAGGCUGGAGGCAGGGGAGGGUAUAGUCUUUAAAUAUGCUUAAGUGUUGUAGGGAAGGACCGAGUUACCAGUAAACAUGUAACUAGAAAGCCAGGCUCAGUUCUUACCUCUGGGAAUCAGAACUCUUUAUGAAACUUGGUUGAUAGAAUCUACUAUCUGGAAGAUAAAUAAAGAACUUUAAUAAAAUUGUCAACAGAAUA